CGCAAUAUUUUCUCAAUCAUUUCAACAUUGUGUGUAUGUUGCUAUUUAUGCCGUAUUUAUUGACCUACCGACAAAAAGAUCGUCUAUUGAUCGACAAAAGUUUAUCCGUCAUUCUAAGGCUGGCUAUCAGAUGAUAUUUUUUUAUUUCAUUAAAACAUAGAAAGAAAAUGGACUUAUUAAUCUUGCUUUACCUCCUUUGUUUUAUAGGCCCUGUACUAUGUGGUGAGUACUGUUACGACAGUGGUCGAACGUUUUACUGUGACUACGACUGUUGUGGAAGUUACGGGGAUGAGUACUGCUGUGGUGUGUAUUCCUGGAUAAUAGUUGUCGCCGUUAUCGGUGCAAUUGCACUCAUCAGUUUUCUCGUCAUUGUAUAUUGUGUGUGGAAGAAGCAUAAUAUGAAGAAAGGACGUGUUAUUAAUACCACCCCACAAACACAAGUUCAAACAGCACAUUUUAUCCAUGCUCCACCCCCGCAGCAGCCUCCAGCUUAUCAGCACCAGCCUCCAGUUUUCCAGCCCCAGCAACAAGGGAUGUAUCCACCCCCACCCCCUUCAAACUAUGGAGCUGACCCAGCAUAUCCUCCUAAUCACUAACAACUGACGACAAUGGUUUUUCGCUGGCAGAAAAACCACAUCAGUAACUAUACUGGUCAAAAAAGACAUUUACAGACAUUUUUGCUGAAAAAAGAGAUGUUAAAGGGACUACAGUCGUAAAAGCUUUAAAGCGCAAAUAAGGACAGAAAUAAAAAAAAAAACAUAAAUUCCUAUAUUCGCAUUUUCUACGCAAACGUUAUAACAUAGCCUUCCUGUGUGGAGUUAUGAUACGUAAAGGCAGAAUUUACACAUUUAAAGUGUUGUUUAAAAUAUUAUAUGUUGAUUUGUAAAUCGUUUUCAUGUUAAAUCUUUUGAUUAAAGGUCCAGUACUAAGGAAAGUGAACAUUUUAAUUUCUUUUAAAAAGCACGGAAACUAUUUCAUUUUAUUGGAAAAUGAAAGUUGGUAUGUAGAAAUUCGAAAUAAAUCGCAGUAUAUGUACAAUUAUUUUUCUAUGAAGUAUGAAGAAAGUUAAAAAGACCUGGGGGGUCUUUCUGUCGAUUCAUUGAAAUUUCAACAUAAUACACAUACAUUUCUUUGAGUUCCAAAGACCUUCUGUAAAUUUUGACCUGCCAAUCUUCAUUAUUUAGUGUCUUGCAGAAGUCUAUGCACUGGCUAUGAAAAAAAUUGCCUACUAACUUUCCCUUAGUAAUGGACCUUUAAUACAUAUUUAUAUGCUCAUUAAAGCAAGAUAUUAUAUAUA